UUAAAGCGAAUAUAAAAAGUAAAAAGUAAAACUGUAAAGCGACAAUGGAUUGACAUACAGGAGUAAGAAUAACAAUAAUAAUAAUAAUAAUAAUAAUAAUAAUAAUAAUAAUAAUAAUAAUAAUAAUAGUAGUGUAGUAAUAACAAUAAUAAUAAUCAUCAGCAUCAUUGUCAUCGCAGUGUAAUCUGAAUAUAUACGUAUAGUUAAAUAUAUAUCUAUAUAUAUACUUAUGCGUAUAUAUGCAUAAGGCCUUUGAAGAUGGCGACGUAUUUAAAAAGAACGUCAAAAUUGUACGAUCUAACGGUGACACACACGGCAGCAACAUCAGAUAACAUUAAUUAUAGUGACUUGAUGUGUCCAGUUUGUCGCGGAAUAUUAAUUGAACCAGUGACACUACCCUGCGAUCAUAACCUCUGUCUGAGAUGUCUCAAAGGUACAUUCAAACACAACAGUUUGAGCUGUCCUAUGUGCAGAAUCAGAGUCGGAUCAUGGCUCAGAACCGCGACCAAGUCUGAAACUCUCGUCAAUAACAACCUCUGGGAGUUCAUACGAUCAAAUUACCCCAAGGAAAUUCAGGAUAGAAAUAAUAUUACUAUUAAUGAUGUUCCUCAUAUUAAUAAUGAGUCUGAUUACACUCAAAACAUAUUGAGUGGAGGUGAGAUUCAUUGUGGAUACGAAUUGCAACUAAAAUUAGCCGAACAAGAAAUGUUACGUCAACGUGAAUCCGAGAGACUGGUAAAUGAACAAUAUUUACGUAAAUUACAUGAACAAGAGACCGAUGAUAAGCAAAAGCUCGCGCAAUAUGCGCAGGAUCGACUAUUGGCGCGUUCGCUUGCUAAAAAACAAUUAUUAGAUAAAGAGAAAACAAUAAAGUACUACAAUGACUGUUUGAAAAACACGACUCAUCAAGCCAGCAAGUAUCUGGUGCCUCAGUCAGGCGAGUGUUUGCAGAACGACCGUCUGCAGUUUAACAACAACAACAAACAGUUGCUGCUACCGGCCUCGGACCCGCUGCAAUUGAAUAAUCAUCUAUUUAACCUCAGCAAUAUCAACAUUAAAACGAACUCAACCAACAUAUUGUCGAGGAAUAUCGAUAAUGAUAUUCGUAUGUCCAAUAACAUUAAUUUAAUAGCAACAAAACUUCAGCCGAUUGACACCAGACAGAGUUUCUGCAGCAAGCCCUCGUCUAUUGUGAGAACUAAAGACUGCUGUCAGGUGACACCCUCGUCCUCCUUGUCCUCGACGCUGCUUAUUCCUAAUAUUCUUACGCUCAAACAGCAGACGUUGAUGCCUAAAAUAAAUGCCUACAUAGCAACCGAACCGAGUUGCUCUAAUUCUAAAAUAUAUGGAGACCAGAACGAAGAAGAACUAAGAGUACCCGCAGACUUACUGAGUAACAAUAAAAAAAAUAUUGCUAUGGAAAUUUGCGUCAUGACAACCGGGAGCUCGGUGCCGAACGCUGGAAUCACGACGAUGCCGAGUGAUGAUAAGCAGCAGAGAGUCAGUGCGCAGAGCGCCGGUAGCCAUGACAGCAUAAACCCGGAGAUUCAUCAUUUCAAACCCAUUAAAAUUUUACCGCGAACGCCUUUGAAAGUAAUGCCCGAUGGGAGGCAAAUAGACCCGAAAAUUUUACGGGUGAUUCCUGUUUUGAAGAGAAUUUCAAAUCCGGUCUUUAGGACACCUUCUAUUGGACAUUUUAGACGCAUUGGUUGUACCUGGAGCGCAUUUAAAGGUCGAAUAAGACAAGAAGCACGUGUCAUAAAUACGUCACCCACGUGGAAAUCCCCAAGCAGUUCCACCGAACAAAAUCAAACUCAAUCAAAACCAACAUCACAAUCCCAAGUGUCAGUAGAAUUAAACUCGCCGAAAAAUAAUCAUCCAACUUCCGAAGCAACUGUCGAGAUAAAUAAAAAUUAUCCAGCAAAUAAUCGCAUGAUAAACGGGACAUCAUCACCAUCAUCACCAACACCAGCCACCUCAACAUCCUCGACUUGUUUUACAGCCAAAACAAAUAAAAAACCAGCAGACAAAUCCGCCAAGACAAAAUCAAAGUCACACAAAAACGGGGCUCUGAAACGCAACAAAAAUAUUGCCAAUGAUUCGCAAGCUAAUGACACUUCGUCCAUUACAACCCCAGCAGUUUUGUCAUCAGAUUGUCAGCAAAAAUUAAUAAAUCCGUCAUUUAUUGAUAGCGAGUCGCAAGCGAUGGAAAAUAUCGCAGAGAGAAUAAAAAGACGCAAAGUUUAUUUUGACGCAACCUCAAACAAAGAUGAUAAUAAUGAUGAUCAUAAUGAUGAUGAUGAUGAUGAUGAUGAUGAUGAUGAUGUUGAUAGCAAAGCAAAAAGUAAGACCCGUAAAUCAUCACGUAAAUUAAUAAGCAACAAAACGAUAGCAGAGAAUUCGACGGAUAAAAAAAUAGUUAAGUGUAAAAAAAGUACGCGAAAGUGCGCAAAGCGUCCGCGAGUAUCGAAGAUUAAGGAGAAGGACUCGAGUAAUGACAGUCGUGAUAAAUUAACACUUGAUGAUGAUAACAAUAAAGUGACAUUUACACGUAAGCGUACAACGAGAAGUUCCGUUAGAAAUUUUAAAUUUAUAAGAAAUGAUAGUACUGAUAAUGAUAAUGAUAACAAUAAUGACAAUGAUAAUGAUAAUAAUAAUAAAAUAAAUGGAGUAAAUGGUAGCAAUGAUGAUGAAGCUGACAAGAGUGAUUUAGUAAAUGAACGCGUGGUAAUUGAGGAAGAAAAAAUAUCCAGGACUUUGCUGCAGGAAAAACAAGACUACGAAUUAGCCCGAAGAUUGCAAGCUGAAUUUAAUAAAAUGGAACUUGGAAUUUCUAGGAGAACGAGAGGUUCUAAACGCGCUUCAAAUUGUCCUGAUGAUUUGAUUGCUCUCAGUGCUGCUGGGGUGGGGAAGAAAUAUAAACGCGCUAAUGGUAAAUUAUCUUUAGCUAACGUUAAUUCAACAACAACAAGAGCAACAUCAGCAACAACCCCCGCCAUCAGCAGCAACAUUAAAUCGCGACGUAAACGCGAUUAGAAAUUGGUUAUUUUGAAAAAAUUAUUUAAAGGAAAAAAUAUUUGAGUUAAUUGCGAUUGUGAUUAGCUGAGGGCGGGAAUAUUUUAAAAUCGGUGGUAAUGGAGAGAAAAUAAGAAUGAUGUUAAACGAAACAUGAACAAAACCUUCCAGCUUGUUUUUAUUUUUUUUUUUUUUUUUUUUAUUUUUAAUAUGAUUAAUUAUGAAUAUUAUUAUUAUUAUUGUUAUGUGGAGGAUGCGAGUGUAAUUAAGUAAUUUUAAAAUGUAUGAGAUAACUUUGCGUACCUGGUUAGUGUGAGGGGCCGCAUUAAAUUUAAUAUAAUGGUAUCUGGACAUUAUUUAUUGUUUUUUAUUUUUUCAUAUUGUUUUUAUUUUAUUGUUAUUAUUUAGUUUAAUCAUUGGAUCGUAGGUUUAAUUGGCAAGAAUUCAUUCUGGUUUAUUUAUGAUUCUGGUUACCUGACGUCUAAUGAUUUUUUUAUUUUUUAUAAAACGACA